GGUACAGUGACCUAUGACGAUGUGCACAUCCACUUCACCCAGGAAGAGUGGGCUUUGCUAAAUCCUUCUCAGAAAUGUCUCUACACAGAUGUGAUGCUGGAAACCUACAGGAACCUCACUGCUAUAGGCCACUUUUGGGAUGACCAUAAUAUGGAAGAUCACUGUCAAACUUCUAGAAGACAUAGAAGGAAUGAAAGAAGCCAUAAGGGAGCACAUCCUGUGAAUAUACACAAUGAAUGUGUGAAAAAAUUUGUAUGUUACAGUCAUCUUCAAAGGCUUGAAAAAAUUCAUACUGGAGAGAAACCAUAUGGAAGUCUUCAGUACGGUGAAGUCUUUGCAUGUCACAGUUUCCGCCAACUCCAUGAAAGAACACACACGAUCGAGAAAACCUAUGAAUGUCACUGGCAAGAGGUCUCAGGCCGGGCCCACAAUGAAGUGAUGGAUGUCCAGAAGAAGAAAUGGCGUAUAUUCUGUUCCUUGGAAUGGCCUGCUUUCCCUGUGGGCUGGCCGAAGGAUGGCACCUUUAACCUUUCAACUAUCUUGCAGGACAAAGCCCGCAUUCUCCGUCCAGGAUCACUGGGUCACCCUGACCAGGCUCCCUAUAUUCUCACCUGGGAAAGCCUGAGCAGUAAUCCUCCUCCUUAG